CCGUCGCAUCCACAAUCCAGAAAUAGCUGAUGUUCAAGUAUUAAGAGUGAUUUGUGCUUUUCUUUGCGCUCGGAAAUAAAUAAGAGAUAUUGUUCUUCCGUGUAGAUUUGUAUUUUGAUAUAAGAUAAAAUGGCAGAUCAAGCUCAGAGUGAAACUCAAAAUGCGCCUAUAAACGGAGCUAACGAUAAUAUUCAAGAAGUAAAACCAGCUGAAGUGGCACAAAACCCAGUAUCUGGAGCAGGUGAUGAACCAGCAAUAGACAAUAAAGCAGCACAAGACAAUUUGCAAGAAGCCAAAGCUAUGCCUAACUCCAGUGACGAACCCACAAAAGAAAAAACAGAAACCAAACCUGCGGAGACCGAAGGCGCUACUCAGUUAGGACAAAGCAGUGAAGUUCCAAAACCAUCAAAUGAUUGGCAACAACGUGAAACGGAACUAUUGAAAAAAAUCGAAGAGUUGGAGAAAGUGAAGGCAGCAAGAAGCGAAGAUGGCUUGAGACUCGAAUUGAAGGUCCGUGAAGAGGAAAUAGAUCUGCUAAAGGCGCGUGUGAAGAACUUGGAGACGGAGCUGCAGGCCGCGCUGGCGAAGCCCGGCGGGAAGAACCAGGAGAUGAUCGAGAAGAUAAAACAGCAACAUGAAGAGUUACUGAGCAAGGCUCGCGGGAUGAUCUUCGACAAGACGAAGAUGGUGAAGAACCAGGAGCUGCAGAUCGAGGCGCUGGGCACGCAGGUGCAGUCGCUGAAGGACAUCAACGUCAUCACCAAGGACCUGCUCGACAUCAGGAACUCGGAGGUCAAGGCCAUGGAGGAGCGGUUCCAGGCGAUGGAGGCGCGCUUCAAGGCGGAGAAGGAGCGGUACGCGCUGGUGCUGCAGCGCGCGCAGACCUCCACCACCAUCAACGACGACCUGCGCAAGGAGUACGAGACGCAGCUCGCCAUCUUCAAAGAGUUGCGAGAGAAAUACGAGCUAAGAGUUAAGGCAUUGGUGGAAGAGAACAACCGUUUAAAGGAGGCCGCUAAGGGAAGCACCUCCGCUUAGUUUGUUACGACCACUGAUCUGUAUAAAUGGAUAGGCUCCAACUUAAAACGUCUGUCGAUGUUUUUAACGGGUAAUUCUAUCUUUAUUAAUAGUUAGAAUCCCCACCUCCGCGAUCAAAUACAUCCUUUCCAACGAAACAGCAUAAAUCUAAUAAGUUUUAUAGCCUGUCCAUUUAUAUACAUCGAGGGUUAUGAGUCACACCGAGUUAUAUUUUUACAAUGAUAUUUAUAAAGACUGCUCCUAGAUGAUUGUAUUUCGACGAACACUUUGAAAAUAAUU